AUGUCGGAUAAGACGUGGAUUAUUGCGACGGAUUCGGAAUAUGUGGUGAAGGGUAUCACUGAAUGGCUUCCGACCUGGAAAAAUGAUAAGCUUCGCAGCAAGCAAAACGAAAAGCCGGCAAACUUGGACUUGCUCCUUCGUCUAGACGCAGCUAUAACAGCUGAGGAAACCCGACAGGACCUGAAGAUCGGCUUCUGGCAUGUGCCGCGUGAGUACAACACGAUGGCAGACAAGCUUGCAAAGGAAGCCGCUCAGCAUGGGGAUCUGUGA